AUGGCUGACGGAAACGAAACCCCGUCAACUGACAAAGAAAACGGUCACACCCUCUCUGUUGAUCUUGAAAACAAAAUUAAGGAAGUUAAUUUGAACCAGAAUUCCGAUACAUCUGCAGACGAAUCCAUUGAACACAAAUUGACACAAACAGAUCACCUAAACAAAAAUGCUACCAACAGUGGCAAAUCUACGCUUGCAGCCCAACUACUGAAGCUAUAUCCAAGAGCUAUGCAUAUUUGUCAAGACAUCUAUUUCUGGGAACCAGGAAAUGAAAAUUUGGAAUUUGUUCCUGAAGUGAAUCACAAUAAUUGGGAAAAACUUAGUGCUAUGGACAUGAAUCGGAUGAUGGCAGACAUAAAAGCUUGGAUACAGAAACAAGAAUCAGGGGGAGAUAACUCUCUUCCCAGUCUUCUCAUAAUAGAGGGCAUCUUAAUCUUUAAUCACAAGGAACUGACCACACUGUUUGACAAGAAGUAUUUUUUAAAACUGGACUUUGACACCUGUCGAAAAAGGAGGCUACAAAGAACCUAUAAUCCCUCGGACCCACCUGGAUACUUUGAGAAGAUUGUGUGGCCCAUGUAUCUCAGCAAUUUAAGUGAUAUCCAACAGCAGGAUGACAUAGUGUUCUUCACGUGUGACGAGAAGACAGAACUGUCGGACCUACUGGAGAAAAUGUCUACCGAUAUCCAAAACCUGCAUCCAGCACUCGAGAUAAAACAAUCUAUAAAGCAUUCCAGACAGCAGGAGUAAAACAUGAACCAAAGUGUCACACGAUACAAGUGCCUCGUACAACAAUAGCUACAAGAAUCCGAUUGUGACAAGACAGACUUUACGAUUUCAUUGGUUGCUAUGCAAUCAGCUAUUCUUGUGCGAGGCACUCCUAUCGUGUGGCAUCACUGUAAAACUCAGGAAAGCUUUGAAAACAAAUGUAUAUAAUGACCAAAAAUGUUUCUUUCUUUUUCUGGUGAAAUUGAAAGAUUAUGCAUGUCUACAAAAUAUUACACCCAAAUAAUUUAAUUUACUAAAUUAUACAGGCCUUUCCCCAGUAUUUUUUUAAGGCGCUUACAUAUUUAGCAUCGUUAUAACACAAAAAUCAAGCCAAAAGAAGUGGGGUAGUGGGUUGAAAA